CCCUCCCAUGACUGUCACCUGAUCGGAAGAAAUACACACUGGUACAGUAAUGUUUUGGCGGUGUGUUUUUUAAUAGUUAUAUUUGCACAUUUAUUUUACGUUGACUACGUUGUUCAUUAAUGCUCUUAAUUGUGCGGUUGCAUAAGUUCAGUUCCGGACGCGUGUCUUUUUCCUGAUUCAUAAAAUAAACACAAUAGAAUGCUUUUCUUGCAAUGAAGUGGUAGCUAAUUUUUAACACAGUUUGUGUUCCUCAUCUGAAACGCUGGCGUUAUAUAUAUUUAUGCAAAUCCUUCAUGCUGCUGACCUUCAUUCAGAAUUUUUUUAUCACCUCUUUCCCGUGAUGUGAAUGCUGUUUGUUUACACCGAUAAUUCUUCAUCAUGCCUCUGUCGGCAGCAGUCAUCAGUGAUGUGCAGAAGCUGGUUCUGUACGAAACUAGAGCAAGGUACUUUCUUGUCGGGAGUAAUCAAGCGCAGACUAAGCACCGUGUUUUGAAAAUUGACCGCACAGAACCUAAAGACUUGGUGAUUAUUGAUGAUAAGCAUGUUUACAACCAGCAGGAACUGCGUGAGCUGUUGGGCCGUCUGGAACUGGGGAACCGGACCAAAAUUGGCCAGAAGGGGUCCUCUGGUUUGUCCCGGGCGGUGUCGGCCUGUGGCAUCGUCGGUUUUGUGCGGUUCUUGGAGGGAUACUACGUUGUCCUCAUCACCAAAAAGAGGAAGAUGGCGGACAUCGGGGGCCACUCCAUAUACAAGAUCGAGGACACAAACAUGAUCUACAUUCCCAACGACUCCGUGCGGAUCACGCACCCAGACGAGGCGAGAUACGUGAGGAUCUUCCAGAAUGUGGACCUCUCCAGCAACUUCUACUUCAGCUACAGUUACGACCUGAGUCACUCCUUGCAGUACAACCUUACCCUCCUGAAAACGAUGUACGAGCUCAGCAGGACAGAGGAGGUGCAGCCUGCGAGCCGGCAGGACAGCUUUGACAUUUUUGAGGACGAGGGCCUACCGACACAAGUCGUUCACGGGAUCAGAAACGAGCCGUAUGCAAAGUACAUUUGGAACGGCAAGCUCCUGGAGAAGAUCAAGGACUCGGUGCAUCCCAAUUGGCUCCUGCACAUCAUCCACGGCUUCUGUGGCCAGUCAAAGCUGUUGAUCUACGGCCGGCCGGUUUAUGUCACCCUCAUCGCCCGGAGGUCCAGCCGAUUUGCCGGAACCCGCUUCCUCAAGAGAGGAGCCAACUGCGAGGGCGACGUGGCCAACGAGGUCGAGACGGAGCAGAUCGUCCACGAUGCCUCGGUGAUGUCUUUUACGGCAGGGAGCUACUCCUCGUAUGUGCAGGUGCGAGGUUCCGUCCCCCUCUACUGGUCCCAGGACAUCUCCACCAUGAUGCCCAAGCCACCAAUCCGCCUGGACCAGGCAGAUCCCUACGCUACUGUGGCGGCGCUGCACUUCGACCAGAUGCUGAAGAGGUUCGGCUCGCCCAUCAUCAUCCUCAACCUGGUCAAGAAGCGGGAGAAGAGGAAGCAUGAGAAGAUCCUGAGUGAGGAGCUGUACCCUGCUGUCAUUAACCUCAACCAGUUCCUGCCUCCGGAGCACUGCAUCGACUACAUCGCCUGGGACAUGGCCCGUUACACCAAAAGCAAACUGUGCAACGUCCUUGACCGUCUUGGCCUCAUCGCUGAGAAUGUGGUCAGGCGGACUGGCUUCUUUGUCAACCGUGCUGACCUGCAUUGUCACACCCUGCGGCCUGAUGAGAGGUGGGGCGAUCUUGGAGGCUUCCUCACUGCCUGCGGACGCAUGCAGACGGGUGUUCUCCGGACCAACUGCGUGGACUGCCUGGACCGGACCAACACAGCCCAGUUCAUGGUGGGGAAGUGUGCCUUGGCCUACCAGCUGUACGCUCUGGGCAUGGUGGACAAACCCAGGCUGCAGUUUGACACAGACUGCGUCAGGCUCUUUGAAGAGCUCUAUGAAGACCACGGGGACACGCUGUCACUGCAGUACGGCGGCUCGCAGCUGGUCCACCGGGUCAAGACCUACCGGAAGAUCGCCCCCUGGACCCAGCAUUCCAAGGACAUCAUGCAGACCCUGUCCCGUUACUACAGCAAUGCCUUCUCAGACGCCGACAGGCAGGACGCCAUCAACCUGUUCCUGCAGGUCUUCCAGCCGUCCGAGUCCUGUCCGCACCUCUGGGAGCUGCCAACCGACUUCUACCUGCACCAGAAGAACACCAUGCUGCUUCCGCACGAGCGCAGAAGCUACACAUUUUGGUGGUCGGAGGAUUUGCUGAAGUACCUGCCGCUACCCUACGAUGAAGCUCCCUGCGAGGAGAACAAGCGGCGGGUGAGAGGUCGACGGCUGAACCACUACGACGAGAGCAUCGACAUCUACAGCGAGUUCUUCCGGCCUUAUGAGCUCUCCUGCUUCGAUGACAGCUACUGUGUGGCUAUGACCAACUCUGCCAGGGAGUUCAUGCCGAAGACUGUGGGGGUCGACCCGAGCCCCUUCACCGUCCGCAAGCCUGAGGAGACGGGGAAAUCCGUGCUGGGACUGGCGCAUAUGCAGAUGAUUCAUAUGUUCAGAUCGUCAUUUAAUAGCAAAGACGGUGUGCGGCUGGCGACCAGGGAGAUCUACGGACUCUGCCUGUGUGAAUCCCCAGGGGAGGACGACAUCCAGAUCUACCAGAAGUUUGCACAUUUGGGUCAGAACCAGCACAAAGUGGAGUGGAUGGGCCAGGUCGCCGAACCCGAGCAGCGGGAAAGUGUCAUAAACCUGACGCCCGUAUCCCACUUCUCCCAGGACAGCAUCUACGCAGUGCAGCCCCCCAGCGUGGACAAGGCCAGUCGGGAGGUGUUCGAAAGGCACAUCCAGACGGGGCGGGGCCUGGUGGGGGCCCUGCACCGGGGGGACGUCCUCAUGUACCGGGAGUAUAUCAAGAACCGCUACAUGUAGACAAGCUGAGCAUCAGCAUGGAGGGGGGGCAGGAGCUGGAGCUCAAGCUAUGUGGGGGCGGGACUUCUGGGUGAGACGGUACCAAAGGGAGUGGGGGAGGCGAUAUACUGCUACUUCUGAAAUGGAGGGCUGAGUUUCAUGGAGCAUGGACCUGGAAGAAGGAAAUCACUCAACAGGAGUGCAGCAACCUGAAGAAGUUUGGUCAUGGGACUGCUUAGGAUUGCUGGCCAUGUCAUGAACAGAGUGCAUGAACAUUUGAUCUCGGUGUUGAUAUGAAUUAGCAUGUUUAAUGAAUGCAUAGCCUGCUUAGCAUAGAGAGGAGGUCUGCUUAGCAUAGAGAGGAGGUCUGCUUAGCAUAGAGAGGAUGUCUGCUUAGCACAGAGAGGAGGUCUGCUUAGCAUAGAGAGGAGGUCUGCUUAGCAUAGAGAGGAGGUCUGCUUAGCAUAGAGAGGAUGUCUGCUUAGCACAGAGAGGAGGUCUGCUUAGCAUAGAGAGGAGGUCUGCUUAGCAUAGGUCUCUGCCUCGCAGCCCCUCACUUACUGGGUUGCCCGCACUGAAUGUUUUCUCCGUGUUGUUUUCUGUCAUCAUAUCAGACUGAAUAUUGAUUCUGGAUGUUUUUAACAUUAAUAUUAUUAAUAUAAAUAAAUGAGUUAUGGCCUUUUUAUGGCAGUAGAAGUUUUAAUACGUUCAAAAUAAAUACAGGAUCGCGACA